AUGACAGUCGUACUGCUUGAACAAUUUGACAAAACUCUUCUAAUGAACAUUGAUACAAGCGAUUCAUCCGACGAUGAGGAAAAUCCAGUCGGCGGCAAAUCAUCCAAAUUGAAAAUAGUCGAUGUCGCGGAGAAUGACGAACAUUCUCCUGUUGAAGAGAAAAAAGAAGAGCCAGUGACAACUGUGGCUGAAAAAAAACGAAAGAAGAAAACAAUUAAAACAAAACGAAAACCUGGACAGCCAAGAGUAAGAAAUCCUAAUGCAAAACCACGAAAGAAACCGAAUCUAACUGGUUUAAAUGGAAAUUAUUGGAAUGUUGUUCAAAUUGAUCGAAAGGCGACUACUACAAUGUUUAAUCCAGAUCAACUCGUGGACGAUGACGAUGAUAAUGGACAUGAUGACAUAACGUCGUCAUCCGAAGAAGAAGAAGACGAGGAGAAACUGAAGAAACUAAUGACUUCAGUAUCGUCGUCAUCAUCUGCUGGUUCAGAUAUUCGAACACUCUUGUAUUCCAAUCGAACAUUUAUCACAGUUCGAAGCCCAGUAGAUUCCUUUUUUCUUUGUCAAGUUCUUCAAGAUGUUUACAAUGAUACACGGAAAAUUCGUAUUCGUUGGUGCGCAUCUGCAGACGGCAAAGGCGACGACGCUGAAAUCGAUGAAAAUACACGUUUUAAAUUCGAAUACGAAGAUACAUUAGAGCCACAAACAAUUCUCACAGGAAUACCUGACAUCAUACGUCAUGCAGAUAAAACUAUGUCGCUCAGAAAACAAGAUAUCUUCGAAACAAAACGUUUGUUAGAAAAAUCAAUCAAAGGUGAAAGUCCUUCAACGGAUGAACCAAUGGAUCUAACAACUGAAAAUUACGACAAAACAUUCGAAAAGGCGCAAUCAGAUUCAAGCGAUGAUAAUUCCGUAACGAAGAAAACACUGCCGAAACCGAAAAAACGGAAAAUCUCACCAAAUAGUCCUCGGAAACAGAUAGUGAAGAAACGAGCUCGAAAAACUAGCGGCGAGUCAACUACUCCUUCAUUGAAGAGACAAAAAACAUUGAAUAUCAACGAAAUCGUAGAUGACGAAGAACAAACACCAAAGGCGAAAAAAUCACCGAAAAAAACAGUGGCAAAACCAAAGGCCAUACCGAAAGCACAGUUAUUCAAAGUUCAAAGUAAUCGUUUUCUCACGGAAAACUUGCAGAUCACUCUUUACCGCAAAGAACCAUUCUUCGAAGACAAUUUGUCUGUACCUUUCAUUUCGUCGAUUGUUCAAAGUAAAUUAGCGAUCCGUGCUGUACUUAUCAACGAUCCAACUUUGUUGAAAAGUCUUAUUAAUGAUGUUAAUCGUGUUUGUUCAGUUCAUGUAAAACGCAGUCUCAACAAUGACCUAACAGCUGUUCACUAUGCAAUUCGGAAUAAUAAUAUCGAGAUGCUGAAAAUUCUUCUUGAAGAUAUCAAAACGCCCAAAGCAGAUCGGUGUCCAUUUCCAACCGUGUCAAUGUUAACACAGAGUACAGGACGAGCAAAUAUUAAUACAUUCGGUUUUCGAACAGCUCAAGUGAUGGCUGGCCGAGGUGCUAAGGAAGGCAAUAAUGCCUUGAAUAAAGAUACCACGAAUCAAUCGGGUAACCUUGGUCAUGAGAUAAUUCGUUAUGCAGUAAGAACUAACAGUUCACAAGAAGUGUAUGCUCUUCUUAUGGAAGCGUUUCCUCACUAUAAAAACCAAGUCUACGAAGACAUAAGUCAUAUAGUUCAAGGUGGUCAUCGAGAGUUAGCUGCUAGUAUUAUUGGUGAAAUCAAAGACAAUGCUUUCUAUGGUUUCAAUAAUCUUCAUCAUCAAGUUUUGCUUUUCAAUGGAGAGGAGUUAACAGUUACUCGCGCUGCAAGUGUAUUGAAAAAGACGAAAGAAAAUUUUCAAAUCACACCGAUCCACUGUGCAGCGAUCAACCCAAUAUCAAAAUAUUUGAAGCAAUUAUUGAACAUUAUGCCUGAAUACAAUGUUCUUGAUAAAUACGAACGACGACCGAUUCAUUUCGCAGCUGCAUGCGAAGGACCAGAUCCUCUUGAAUAUCUUCUAUCAAAGCAGGUCAGUUUUAACGAUGCCGAUCGUGGUGGAAACUCUCCAUUACAUAUUGCUGCUACGUAUGGUCGAGCAAUCAAUGCUGAAAUUCUUUUACGUACAGCGAAAGACAAAGCUGAAUCGAAUGAUGCUGAAGAUCAAGUUGUCCACCAGAAAUUCGGUCUUGCAUCGAUCAAUCGUUUGAACAAAGCACGAUACUAUCCACUUCAUUUGGCAGUUCUGAAUAAUCAUUUGGAAUGUGUCAAAGUGUUACUUCAGUUUGGUGCUAAUGUCGAUGCACCAACAAGUACGACGUCAGGCAAACUAACACCAUUGAUGUUAGCUUGCCAAAAAGGCUAUAUGAAUAUUGCUGCACAUCUGAUAGAAAAUGGUGCGAAAGUUGAAGCACGUGAUCGUUUUAAACGUACACCAUUGAUCCAUGCUUCUAUGUGUGGCAAUGCUCAUAUCCUUUCACAUUUACUUCGUAUGGGUGCAAACGCCAAGGCAUUUGAUUCAUCAGCGAACAGUGCAUUACACUAUGCUGUCGCAUAUGGAUGGUAUUUUUGUGUACGUCUAUUGAUUGAAGCUGGUGCCAAUGUGAAUUGUGUUAAUUCAUGGCAAACAACUUGUUUAGCAGCCGGAUUUCUAAAAGGACAUUACGGUCUUUGUGAUUAUCUUUUAACCGAGCAUCAUGUGGAUAUCAAUUUCAAAACUGAGGACGGCUUAACCCUAGUCAUGUUAACAGUCGGCUUGGAAGUAUCAGCAUCAUCAGUACAACAAUUAGAAUAUGUCGUAGGUAAACAUAAAGCCGAUUGUACAUGUGUCGAUUCUAAUGGAAACAACGCCUUUCAUUAUUUUGCCAGCAACACACUGGGACACAAUUCAUUUUUCACCGGCCUACAGACGAAAACAACAGUACGUGAGAAUGUAUUUCAAAUGGCUCAACUUCUUUAUGAUCACAAAUGCGAUGUUAACAAGAUGAAUAAUAAAGCUCAAACCCCGCUGAUGGUUGCUCUCGAAGGAGGCAACUUUCUUCUUGUGGAGUAUUUCAUCAAUCAAGCUAGAAUUGAUAUUAAUUGCGACGUCAGUCAUGAUGGCAAGACUCUUCUACAUUACUUUGCAAACGCAUGCGACAAAUACGAUCUCGUACAAACCCUAAUGAAAUUACCAGUCAGUGACGAUUUGAAGAAAAUGGGUCAGACGUUUGAUAAUAACGGCCGAACACCAUUUCAUUAUUGUGCAUCGAAAUACAAUCAAUUUUGUCAGGGGAAUACGUUUGACACAGGGGCACAGCAAUUGAACCGACAAUAUCAGGCGAUUGUUCAAAUGAUUGAUUAUUGUCUCAAUACGGUUCAAUGUGAUCCCGAUGCUGAGAUCAAGUCACCAAAUACGAGUUCGCUGGACACACAAAUUGAAGCAAAUACCGACGAUGAUGAACAAUUUACGGAGAACAUUCAGGCGGCAAAUCUCGGUCUUGAUAAAGAAACAACUAUUAAACCUCGAGAAACAAGUAUAUUCUCUUUGUUACGUACGACUUCACUCGCCGGUCAGCAUCCUUUGGAAAUCUUUCUUAAAAAAACCAAAAAUAUCAAUGUUCUUCAUCAUGAAAGCCAACGAACACCAUUGCUCGAGGCUAUACACUUAAACGAGUAUCAAACCGUUCGUCUGCUAAUGCAACAUCCCCAAUGUGACAUCAAUUUAUCAACAUCAACUCUCUCCGGAGAACGUCAACAAACACCGUUAAUCUUCGCAUGCAAUCGACAACUAUUGCCUAUCAUUCGUGAUUUACUAAAUCAUGAACAAUGUCAUAUCUUAGCACGUGAUUAUCAACAAAAUCAAGCUAUACAUUAUUACUUAGCGACCAAUCAACGUUCGAAUUCAUACAUCGAUCUAUUGAAAUUAUUCAUCGAAAAAAUUAAACAAACAGAUAGUUUGAAUAGUCCAGGAUCGCAUGAACGCACUCCGUUACAUAUCGCUGUUUAUCAUAAUUCAGGUGCUAUCGAUUCAACAACGGAUGUCGAAGAACUGUUAAUUGAUAAUAACAGUGACCUUUAUCUGAAAGAUGAUCUAGGUAAUAUUCCGUUGCACAAUAUUUUUCUAAACAAGAAUACGGGUGAUGAUCCUGUGGAAUUAUGUGUUUUAAUGUUGGGUGCAAUGAAAAAUGGACAAGUAGACACGAAGAACAAUGAUGGAAACACACCAUUACAUUUUGCUGUUGAGCGAUGUUCCACUGUAUGUGUUAUGCUUUUACAACAACAUAAAGCAAAUUUGCUAGUCGAAAAUCAUCAGUUUAAUUCAACUAUUGGCACUUGCAUUGCAAUGGGCCAUUUGAAUCUAUUUAUAGCCUUUCUACAGCAAACGAUCGAUAUUGAUCUUAGCAAAAUCUUUACAAAACACUUAACUUCCGAUGCAACGCAAACUCAGUCAAAGCAUGUUCAACGCCAAGAUAAUUGGAUAUGGAAAUACGCAGAAAAGAAAAGUUCGAAAAAGUUCCAACAAGAUUCAUUAAUUUAUCUGAUAGUUCAACGCGACUGGCAAGGUGCACUAUCAUUAAUACUGAAUGAUCUCGAACGUUACCAUCUAGCUUAUAUACAAGUUAUCGAAGCUGCUAUUUUAAAUAACAAAUUGAAUCUUGUUCUUCGUUUAUUAUUACGUUUGAAAGACAAGCUCACUCUAAAUGCGAAAAAUCUCGAACGACAAAAUCUUUUUCAUCUACUAGCAGAUAUAAACGCAUAUGAUCAAGCUUUAUAUGUACAAAUUCUUUCCUAUCUUCAUGCCGAAUGUGUCGAUUGGGAUAUUCCGGAUAGAUAUGGUUUGUAUCCAAUCCACUAUGCAUGUGUGAAACGAAAUUUCGCUUUUCUUCGAUUUUUGCGUGAGAAAUAUCCGUUGAAAUUCAAUCUUGACCGAGUCGAUGGAUCCGGAAACUCAGCCAUAGGUUCAUUAUUCUGGAGAGUCGGAUCAGACACAAGUUUAUCCGCUAGUGAUAUUCAACCGUUCUUGCAGUCCAGUAAACAAUUGGAUUGUUUGUGUAAUUAUCAAAAUGAAAUCGCAACGAAUCCGUUGUCAUUUGGUUAUAGCGAUGUAUCUACUGAGAAUUAUACUUAUCCACCACCGAAAACGGAUAUUACACCAACAAAUGUUCGAACAUCACCGUUGAUCAAUGCAAUUGUUCAUAAUAACUUUACACUCGUCAAAUGCUUGUUACAGCUCGGAGCUAACGUCAAUUUUGCCGAUGAGGAAAAGCAAACACCACUGAUGCACGCUGUUCGACAGAAUAAUAUCGAGAUUGUCAAAUUGCUACUCAAUAAAAAUUAUACACCAAUAGUACAAAACAACUCUUCGGAAAUGAUGUUUGGUCAUGGUCAACACGCUCUAAAGUUGCGACCUCAGCAAAACUUUUUCUUUGGUCUUACAACCAUGGCAACAACUACGUCUCUAUGCGAUGCACCGAACAACGAUAUAACUGAGAAGUCCGAUCGUUUCACCAUGACCACAGAUAUUGAUUUGAACGCGAGUGAUUCUCUUGGUCGCACUUGUAUUCAUCAUCUAGUUCAACCGUUUCCUGACGGAACAUAUACAAACAACAUCGAACUACUUCGAUUACUUCACUCAUGUGGUGCUUCGAUAACUAAACAUGAUCUUGCUGGUUUAUCACCAUUACAAUACGGAGCAAUCAAUGGAUAUCAACACUUAUGUGAUGAACUAACAAAACUUAUCAAUGAUGGAACUGAUUCAACGCAAGCGACCAUUGAACGAUUCUACAUCAAUGAUCCCAACAAAAAUCUUCUCGGUCAAUCUGAUUUUUACUCCGAUGCUCAGAAAUUAAUUGAUCAAUACGUCGCAAUGCAUCCGUCGCGUAGUUACAAUUCUGCAUAUGAAGUCGACCGUUUAUCUGGAAUGAGUCAAACAGGUGAAGUUGUCAUUGACGAAGAGAAAAAUGAACCAUACGAUGUUCGACUAACGAAAACCGAUGUAACUUAUGGUACGCAUGGCUUAUACAAUUUCUACCGUAUGCAAAUCAUCAAGCAUAAAAGCAAAAGCAAUUUAUAUUUUCUGUUUACACGCUGGGGACGGAUUGGUGAUGCUGAAGGUCAAUACCAAUUAACACCGUACUCCACGUUAGAUGAAUGUCGAAAGGAAUUCACAAAGGUGUUUCGUGAGAAGACCGGCAAUGCAUGGAAAGAUACAAAUGAAUUCGAAACCAAACCGAAAAAGUACACGUUGAUCAAAUUAAACGAUCGAGAAAUACAUAAGCAUUCAAAUUUAUCCCUUAAUUUCAAACGUUUACAAACUGAAUAUUGUCCAUCGAAACUUCAAUCGCCCGCAUUCAAAGAUUUUCUCAAAACAUUAAUCAAUCCUCAAGCCAUUCGUUCAAAUAUCAAUAAAACUCAAUUGGAUGUUGAAUGGAUGCCUGUUUCUCAAUUGAAACGCGAAAGUUUGCAGAAGGCACGUGAUUUACUACUCGAAUUAAAGAAAGAUAUCGAGAAAAAACAAGAACUAGCUUUAGCAUUACAACACCCAAAACCGACCGAACAACAAAACGAGUUGAAAGCGAUUUUAGAAUCGAUCUAUCGACGCACAAAUGAAUACUACUCCAUAGUACCAUUACGAGGAUACGCAGAUGAGAAAUUGCCUGUUAUCGUCGAUGAACAACAAUUGAAGCAACAAGAGAAAGUGCUCGAUGAUCUACUUGAACUCGAAUUAUCUUACAAAAUGCUUUUGGCUGCACAGGCACAUUGGAAAACUACUUCACCGUUGGAUUAUUUGUAUCGAUCGAUGAAUUGUCAAUUCGAAGCAAUGAAUAAAGAUGACAUGGAUUCACAAUUGAUUUUGCGCUAUAUCUGGGCUAGUGCACCGACUGUUCAAGUUGAACAAAUAUUCAAGAUAGCGCGUCCAGAUGAAGAUGAACGGUUGUUCAAAUCCGAUCUUGAUAAUCGAUAUCUUUUAUGGCAUGGCACUAAUAUCUGCAAUUUAAUUAGUAUUUUAACAAGAGGACUACUUGUCAGACCAUUGACUGCAACAUCCACUGGAAGUUUAUUUGGAAAAGGAAUCUACACAGCAGAUACAUUUACUAAAAGUCUUGGAUACUGCUCAGGCGUUCAACAAACCGACGGAUAUGGUGAACGUUGUUUUAUGUUAUUAUGCGAAGUUGCAUUGGGUAAAAUCAAGGAGACUGGCUUGAACUAUUUUGACGAUCAGACAACUAAAUCAUUGGAUAUGAGUGAAUAUCAAAGCCGUAAAGGUGUUGGUCGAGUUGUUCCUGAUCCUCGAUACACAAUAACAUGCAAUUACGGUGUUCGUGUGCCAUUAGGUAGCUUGAUUGAUAAUCCUGAUUGUAAAAAUAAUUAUAUUGCACUUAAUCACAAUGAAUAUAUUGUGCUUCUUUUUCUUUCUCUUGGUUUUGCUAUUGUCUGUAACAACAUAAUUAACAUUGAUUGUAUCUGUUUUAAUGAUUUGUCAUUUUUUUGUGUUUUGGAAAGUUGA